UUCUGGAUGGAGACGAUUUCGCAAAACGGCAGAGCCCCGUUUGCGCCGGAAGGGUAUAAGGUCUGGAGAAACGUGAUGGACUAUGGCGCGAAGGGCGACGGCACAACGGACGACAUAGAAGCCUUCAACCGGGCUAUCUCCGACGGAGAACGCUGUAAGACACCGCGAUGUGUAGGUGUGACGACCCGGCCCGCCAUAGUAUACGUCCCUAGCGGUAUGUACCUCAUCUCCAGCCCAAUCGUG